AAACAAAGGAAAGAUACCAGAGGAAAGCAAGAAAGAGGCUGCCGACCGAAACAGAGAAAAAAAGGAAAACGGGAGAAGUUUGUUGCUGGAAGGGAAUUUUGGGCAAAAGGGGCAUCAACAGAAAUCCUAAAUGGCAAACCAGUCAUCUUCUUCAGCAUCUGUAAUUCUCUGUGCUUCUUUCAAUCAAGAUAACAGUUGCUUUGCCAUUGGAACUAGGGAUGGAUUCAGGAUAUUCGACUCUAAUACUGGGAGAGUUUUUUAUGAAAGAGCAAUUGGAGCUUUUAGCAUCGUUGAAAUGCUGUAUAGUUCAAGCCUUCUUGCCAUAGUAGGAGCGGGGCAGCAGCCAUCAUUGUCCCCACGUCGGCUCUGCUUGUUCAAUACUAUGACUGGCACUGCACUUAGAGAGCUAAAUUUCUUGACGUCGAUUCUUGCUGUUCGUGUAAAUCGGAAGAGGCUUGUUGUGGUGUUGCAAGAAAAGACAUACAUAUAUGAUUUGAACAGUCUUGCCAUCCUGGACACAGUUGAUACUGUGCCAAAUGCAAAAGGGCUUUGUGCAUUUUCUCCUAGUUUGGAUGGUUGCUAUUUGGCUCUUCCAGCAAGUACGACAAAAGGAUCUGUGUUGGUAUAUAAUGUGAUGGAACUCCAUUCGCAUUGUGAGAUAGAUGCCCAUCGUUCACCAUUGGCAGCGAUUGUACUUUCUUCCAAUGGGAUGUACAUAGCAACGGCUUCUGAACAGGGAACCUUAAUCAGAGUUCAUCUGGUUUCACAGGCAACCAAGUCAUAUAGUUUUCGAAGAGGGACAUACCCGUCGACUAUAUAUUCCUUGUCGUUUGGACCAUCUACGGAACUUCCAGAUAUUCUUAUUGCUACAAGCUCUUCGGGUUCUAUUCAUGUGUUUUUUCUUGGAUUUAUCCUAGAUCAGAGGAGCAAAAGAUCAAGUAGUCUUCUUGGUUCAAUGAUUCCAAACUCGAUAAAUGAUGCCUUUGAACCGGGUUAUCACCAUGUACUUCACAAUGCAAACUCAGCAGGAGUCAAAAGCUAUGCCACGAUUCGCAGUAUAGACAAAGUUGCCAGCACAUCUAUAUCCCAAGUUGCUACCUCUAACUAUGCCACGAUUCGCAGUAUAGACAAAGUUGCCAGCACAUCUAUGUCCCAAGUUGCUACCUCUAAAGCUUGCAUUUCAAUAAUCACAUCCAACGGAUACUUUCAGGAGUACAGCUUAAGUUUUGACCAUCUAAAUGAACCUUUGUGGAGUUUGGAGCGUGAAUUCAAUCUAUUAACAGUAGUUCCAGAUAAUGUCAAUAACUCAUGACCAUAUAAGAAACUAGCUUUGAUCAUUCAUCAGUUCAACUGCAUUGAAGUGCGAAGGACUGACAAAACGAAGUUGAUGAAGGGAGCAUUUGUACAGAAUGGGACAUAAUUAAGGUGAUCCGGUGGUUGGCAUACAAAAUGGAGGAAGGAAGGGCUCCAAAUUUCCAGUUUAUUUAAAUGGGGGGGGGGGGGGUGCCAUCCAGACUUCCAGUUACUUGGAGAGAAAAAAGGUCAGUAUAGCCAAAAAUGGAGGCAUUGUUCAGUAUUUUUUUUAACAUUAGUCUAAGCUAAUUACCCCUCU